AUGGCCGAGCCUUCAUAUCCCACGCUUCAGCUUGCGCGGUUCGAGAAUCUCCCGCCAGAACUGAUAAACAUAAUUAUCGAACAACUUCCUCCACAUUCUCUUGCUUCUAUUCGUCUCUGCUGGCGUCAUCUUGAUGGAGUAAUCCUGUCUCGCCUGUUCAGAACCAUCUACGUUACAUUUGCUAAAAGGGAUAUUGAGAGACUGCAGGCGGUUUCAUCGACAUAUCCUUAUUACGUACAAGAACUUGUCUUUACCACUGCUCAAAGUCGUGACACGCACGGCGAUAGAUGGGGACGAGUCUUUACAGACGAUAAUUAUCAGGAGUACGCCAAAGAUUACCGACGCAAGUUCCUGGCUUGUGUCGAUUCUCCGCCCAACCUGCACACUUUUACGUCUGAGCUGGGUCCUAUCAGUGACACUGCCACAAAAGAGCAUAUUGACGGGCUCGUAUGUGCCAUAUUCCCUGCUCUAUGCCGGUCUUCGUCUCGAAUUACAACUCUCAGAUGUCAAGACCCUCUGAACUACAUGCGUUGGUUCUUGUCCAAGAUCAAGGCGACCAUGGGACCCCCUGAAGAGAUGAUCAAGUUGAUUCCGAAAAUAUGCACCGGGAAUGUUUUUACCUGCAGACACAGCAGCCCGCAACUCUCAAGGCUGAGCUCGUGUACUGCUCCGCUGUUUGGCAGAGAGACCGAAUGGAUAUACCCCAAGAUCCCCUGGGAGUGGAGGAGUGCCUUGCGAGGACUCACGACAUUUGAUCUGCAGACUGAUACCGCUGGCGGUAAAUGGAAUUGCUAUGAACAAGUCGGUGAUAGACUUGUUUAUUUUCUCGAGGGAGCAGUCAACCUUCAAGAGUUGUCAGUCAGAUGGAGACGAACUGAUCAGAUGGGAUCUGCCGGUCGCCCUCUUAUUCACUCUGGUUGGCAGUUGGAGCACCUCUUUCACGGAAGAUGGAAGAAUCUCAAAACCCUCAAUCUCACCUUUAUCCAAUUCACAUUUUCCGCCAAACCUUUCAGGACCUUCAUCCAACGGCAUUCAGCAACUCUACGACACAUAAUGCUUCACAACUGCCGCAGCGACCCGGAAGUUGCUCGCAUCAUCAAGUUUGCUGCCUCGUGCCCUAAUGUUCAUCUUCAUCGGUUCGCCAUCUUUCCGGCGCAUGAGAGCCACCCGAGAGUUGAGCUUCUGGAUGAGUCAUAUCCAGAUGGGGAACAAGUAGUCGUCGAGGAACCUCGAAUUGUUCCAGAGAGAGCGGUACUGAGCUACAUCAAUAGCAAGGAUCCCCAGCAUCUCGAUCCGUUUGCCACUUGGAAACCCUCUGAGUUUGAGUAUUGGGGAACUGUCGAGGAGAAGGCUGAAUCGACUUCAAUAAAAUGGCCUCAGGACAAUGGGAUGGCCGUGAAGUGCAAGCAGUGCGAUCACUAG